AUGGAGGAUAUACAGACUUCUCAUUUAGCCGCUGCUUUAAUGUCCGGAGGUGGAACUUAUUCUAACGUUACUUUCGAACCACCGGCUUCAUCCGGAAAUGUUAGUGAGGGGCAUUCAGAAGAAAAGAAAGAUCUUGUUACAACACACACAGAGCCUCGAGACGAAGACAAAGAAGAAAAAGAUGAUUUGGGAAGUGGUGAAGAAUUUACAGAUGAGGAAUCAGAAGCACAGACUGGUAACAAAUCUACACCAGGAAGGUGUGUGACUCUACAAAUGCUAUUAGAAGAUAAAAUGUUAGAGCCUGGAAUAGCGGCAAUGACUAUUGAAUAUCUAGGACAAAAAUUUGUUGGUGAUUUGCAAGCAGAUGGUAAAAUUAAAUCUCAUGAGACUGAAACAAUAUUCUGUUCCCCAUCUGCGUGGGCCAUACAUUGCAAGAGAAUAAUAAACCCAGACAAAAGAUCAGGUUGUGGAUGGGCUUCUGUCAAAUAUAGAGGAAAGAAAUUAGAUACUAUUAAAGCUACAUAUCUAAGGAAAAAACAAUUGCAACGAGAAAACAUGCACACUGAUGAGGAAGUAGAAAUGGAGGUUGAAAAUCCACCAGAACCUCCACCACAAAGAGUAGUCAUGAAGCACAAUACUGUCCCUAACAGAAUGAUGCAGCAUGAUGCCAACAUGUUAAUUGAAGCAAUAUCAUUCUCUUCUGCUGGUAAAGUGCAGCCAUUUCUGGUAUCUGUCAGUUCAAAUGCAUGUCUCGUACUAGACAUACAUUGCCAUUUAAAGAAAGAGGAGGUCUAUGGGUACCUUGCUGGGACAUGGGAUAUGAAUAAUCAUCAUGUUACAAUAACACACACAUUCCCAUGCUUGAUAAGUAAAAGUGACAGUCAACCUCGGGUGCUUGUUGAGUUUGAUAUCCAAGUUGAAAUUGAAAAACUUGGGCUAACUCUUUUGGGAUGGUACCACUCGCAUCCAACUAACCCAGCGAUGCCAAGUCUUAGAGAUUGUGAUAACCAACUAGAAUAUCAAAUCAAAAUGAGAGGACCUUCAGAGAUAUCUUAUACACCUUGUAUUGGCGUUAUAUGUUCACCAUAUAAUCCCGAAAGUCCGGUAUUGGAAUCGUCGCUCACAUUCUUUUGGGUGAUGCCGCCUUCAGAACAAAGGCCGACAGAGUAUCCGCGUCCUUUAUUACUACAAUAUAACAUGAUUAACGAAUCACACCUAUCUACCCACGCAAUGGAACAAAUAAAGAAAAGCAUAAAAUACUAUUUUACACACGCAGACGAAAAUUUCAUCAACUUCAAAGAUAACUUCAAACCCGAUAUCACGUUUUUGGAUAAAUUAAAAUCAACUCUAGCUCCAAAAUUCCCUAAGGAACAAAGCGAUGGUUUACUUUGGCAUUUUAUUAGGGACGAGUUGGGAUGUGCCUCUGAAAAUGACGAUAAGAUGGAUUUGGACGCCCUAUUAGCUGUACCACAACCUAUUCCUGCUUCUAAGCCCAGUCAGACAUCGAUACCUAACUUUCCUUCGGUCAGCACUUUGCAACAAAUGGUCAGCCGACCGGCUGGUGUUCCUCCGAUAAAUGUCUCCUCUGCCAUAGGCUCUCUAUCGCCCCAUAAGUUUGAGUCUCCUUUAAAUAUACCAGUUUUGUCUACUUCUUCUAAAUCGUCUAAAUCCUCCUCGUUACCUCCAUCUUACCACGGCUUAGAUAUGUUGACUAACAUGGCUUUAGGGUUAGGUCCUUCAAACAUUCCGCUCUCUUUAGGAAAUAGUAGUUUAGAUAGCUUGGCGGCUGCGAAUAGCAUGUUGGGCCUUACUCCCGGGCUAGGGGCGAGUUUGGGUAGCGGUCUCUCCAGUAGUAAGCUGCCGGAACUUCCUUCUUACGCGGCGUCUUUGCAAAGUCUUACUGGAAUGGGUUACGACAAAACUUCGACUAGUACGUCAACGAGUUGUACUACGUCCGCUACUCCUAUACCCGCGAGUGUCGCAUCAAAUUUGAUGAUGAGCUCGGCCGAUAUCGCCAACGCUUUGUUCUCAGCGAGCAAAUAUUCAAGCGCAGGAAUUUUGGGAAUACCUGAUCCGAUGUCGAAAUCCACCUUAGCUGCGAAUAAUAUGUUCCUAUCUCCGUCCCUUCUAAAAAUGCAGGAGUCGUUAAUGAAGCCGCUCUCUAGUAGCAGUCCCAUUUCUUCAAAAGUGAUAGAUCAGGGCUCUCUUAUGAAAUCUCCCCAUGACCUGAUGAAAGGAAACAAGGAUGCCUACUUACCUCCCGAUUUUUCUGCGAGCAAGGCGAAAGACAGUGUUAUGGAUAUGAAAAGCGAAGCUGUAAAGGACGCACCGAAAUCUAUGAGUUUGGAUUCGCAGGUGUCUGACUAUAGUAUGACGUCAAGGCUUGGUGAUUCAUACCUCAAUCAAAUGUUGGAACUUACGAAAAAAACGACAAUACCAGAUUAUGCAACGGAUUACAGCCAAGUGCGAAAACAUUCUGAAGAUGAAAUACAAUCUAUGGCGACAUCAUCGCAUCCGUAUCCGGCCCCAUCAAGUAUUGCUGACUCAAUGGCUCACAGCUUAGGGAAUUACCCUGAAAUGAAUGAUCCAAUGGAUUUCUGUAAGCCCCAAGAUUAUGGUAUGAAUAGAAACUCUAAUGAAUCUCAGAACUAA